UAAACGCGCUCAGUCUGCCGAAGAGCUUCGCCAUGGACGGUCGUCUGAUUUUCGCGUUAUUAGCGGCGGCUCUGGUCGGCUUCCAGGGCGGCGAGUGCAAUCGCAGAGUUAAGCGUAUAGUAGGUGGUGCCGCGGCGCCGGCGCCGCCAGUAGACGACCCGAUCGUCUUCGUGAGGAAGGAGGAUCGCGAGGCCCGAGUUUACGGAACGAGAGACCCCAAGAUCGGCUACUACCUGUUCAGAGGCAUCAGAUACGCUGAGCCGCCAGUUGGAAACCGACGGUUUCAACGAUCGGUGCCACUGUACCUCGAGGGAGACAUAAACGCGACGCAAUGGGCGGCUCCGUGUCCGCAACCGGGUGAAAACGGAGCGAUGAUCGGUAGCGAGGACUGCCUCUUUCUCAACGUAUUCACGCCUGCUCUGCCAGACGCCACGGAUGGUCAUCCCGUGCUCAUCUGGAUCCACGGCGGCGGCUUUCGCAGAGGAGCAGCCACCCAAUACGAGAUGCGCAAUCUCGUCGACAAGAACACGAUCGUCGUGUCCAUCCAGUACAGAUUGGGAUCGCUGGGAUUCCUGAGCAGCGGCACGAAGGAUCUGUCCGGCAACAACGGACUCUUCGAUAUGAUUCUGGCAACCGAGUGGGUCCGCGACUACAUCGAAUUCUUCGGCGGCAAUCCGAACAAGAUCGUGGCUUUCGGACAGGGUACCGGCGCGAGCUCCGCAUUCCUGCUGGGUCUGUCCAAAUUCGGACAAAAGUACUUCAGCGGAAUCGUUGCCAUGUCCGGCUCUGUCCUCUCUCGAUUCGCCGUGGACAAGGAGCCGAAGAACUCGACCGUCGCCAUGGCAACGGACAACAAUUGUCCGACAAACGACACUGUGCAGAUGGUUCGCUGUCUCCGUCAGCUGCCGGCGGCGAAACUCGUAGAACAGGAUACCAAGCACGAAAGUCUCGCGAAGCAAGCGAAAAACUUUAUUACCGAUCUAACCACUCUAUUAAAUCCUGGGCCCGUCGUCGAAGGCAAAAACGAUCAGAGAUCCUUGCCGAAUUUCGUAACCGACGAACCGGAGGACUCUCUGAAUCUGGACGAUCUUCCCGAGAUACCGCUGCUUACCGGCGUGGUCAAGGACGAAACCGGUGGAUCGGUUUACGGACCUUACAAAAACACCAUAACAGAGACGUUAACCGCAUUCCCCGAUUUCCUCGCGAAGAAUCUCAUACCGAACUUGCAGAAGAUCGUGCCGGCGAUCGGUAAUAUAACCCAACAGUUCGUGCCCGAAGCUUUCGGCAAAUACUUGACGUUGCCGUUCGGCGGCGGUGGUAAUGGCAAUGGAAAGAAAAUCGACAGCAUAGCCAAGGUCACCGAGGUUUUGAACGAUGCCAUUUUUAACGUUCCGGCCUUCCUGACGGUGAAGAACUGGUCGAAAAAGACCAAAGCCUUCCUCUACAGCUUCGAUCACCAGAGCAAGCACGGCUUUGGCAAAGAUUUUCUCGGAGGCUUGCCUCUCGUUGGCAACUCUGCUGAAAAUGGUAAAACCAGUCACGGCGACGAUUUGGGGUACGUAUUCGAAGCCAACAGCAUUCUUGGCCAACCGAUGGAGCAGAAGGCGAAUUUCGACGAAGAAGACGAGCAAGUCAAGGAAGCUUUCACCGGUCUUAUAGCCGAUUUCGCUAGGAGCGGAAAUGUGAUGGUCAAGCAGAAAUCUGACGAUCAGAAAUCUUCGUUAUUGCCAGUGCCGUCGUUUUCGGGAGACGAAGACAACAGCUUCCUCAGUAUCACGUCCAAGCCUCAAAUCUCCAAAAAUUUCAGAUUCUGCGAAAUGGGACUGUGGACCGGAAUCGCCGAAAGGUACAAGUCGACGGCCUGCAGCCUGUUCAUGGUAGACCUCAAGGAUCCUCUGAAAACCAUUCAGAAGACCUUCUCGUCCAUUUCGCAAGUGCCGCAACUUGCAAAAGUUGGCUCGGUCGCCGAUUUCGUGAACGUCGACACCAUCGCCAAGCCAGAUCUAUCCAAACUUCCCAUUUCGCCUCAAAUCAUUCCCAAUCCACUGGCAAACCUGCAGAACGGCAAGUCUCCGAUUCCCACCGAAAUAAUUCCUAAUCCGCUUGCGGGGAACCAGCAAAACGGAAAGUCGGCCAUACCGCAGAUAAUAACGAAUCCAUUGGGCGAUAAAAUGAACCCGAACUCGCCGACGAUUCCCACGAAAUUGCCAGGCUUGCUUAAUUCAAGAAAAAAUCCUCUCGGUGGAUUGUUUGGUCGAUAGGAUUUAAUGUGUAAUAACGAUUAAAAAAUUAUCGCAUAUUUUCUAAUAAAAAUCUAAUCUUAUUUCAAUCGCA